ACAGAAGGGAAAGCACCUUCGAUAUAAACUUGUCUGGCGUGAGCCAGUCUGAACCCCAAGCUGCCCCCAGCCGCUGUGUCAGAGGCCUCGCAUCUCCCACAAACAGGACUGUAUUGAGAUAGAAUGAAAAAAAUCUUACAAAAACUGAAAGUGAAAUGCGGAAGGCAGAUUGAGCAAUCCAUGGAAGGCCAGAGCCAGAGAACCUUCUUCAGGGUAGCAAAAGAUGCAGAAGAGAGAAAGUCAGGAGAGUGCUCCUGGGGGAGCCCAGCCCUGCCAUGCUCUGCGGGCAGCCUCCUGAGACACAGAUGACAGGAAAUGACCCACCCCUGCGGUCACUUACUCCAAAGGCCUAGACCUUCAAAGUGCUCCUCGUGGAAUGGAUGAGUCUGCAAAGACCCUGCCACCACCGCGCCUCUGUGUUUGCCCUGAGAAAGGCGAAGAUAUGAAAGUGGGAUAUGUUCCCAUCACUCCGCAGAAGGAGGGUGCCUGGGUUGGGUUCUGCAGGGAUGGGAGGCUGCUGGCUGCUACCCUCCUGCUGGCCCUGUUGUCCAGCAGUUUCACAGCGAUGUCCUUGUACCAGUUGGCUGCCCUGCAAGCAGACCUGAUGAGCCUGCGCAUGGAGCUGCAGAGCUACCGAGGUUCAGCAACACCCGCCGCCCAGGGGGCUCCAGGGUUGACUGCGGGAGUUAAACUCCUGACCCCGGCAGCUCAUCGACCCCACAACUCCAGCCGCGGCCACAGGAACAGACGCGCUUUCCAGGGACCUGAGGAAACAGAACAAGAUGUAGACCUCUCAGCUCCUCCUGCACCAUGCCUGCCUGGAUGCCGCCAUUCUCAACAUGAUGAUAAUGGACUGAACCUCAGAACCAGAACUUACACAUUUGUUCCAUGGCUUCUCAGCUUUAAAAGAGGAAAUGCCUUGGAGGAGAGAGAGAACAAAAUAGUGGUGAGGCAAACAGGCUAUUUCUUCAUCUACAGCCAGGUUCUAUACACAGAUCCCAUCUUUGCCAUGGGUCAUGUCAUCCAGAGGAAGAAAGUGCACGUCUUUGGGGAUGAGCUGAGUCUGGUGACCCUGUUCCGAUGCAUCCAGAAUAUGCCCAAAACACUGCCCAACAAUUCCUGCUACUCAGCUGGCAUCGCAAGGCUGGAAGAAGGGGACGAGAUUCAGCUUGCAAUACCUCGGGAGAAUGCCCAGAUUUCACGGAAUGGAGAUGACACCUUCUUUGGUGCCCUAAAACUGCUGUGACCCACUUGCUGGCGUGUGUGACCCUUUUCCUCCUCUUCUCUGUGCCUCCAAGGGAGAAACAGAUGACUGGAGAUACCAAAAGAGGGGAAAGUCAUCACCAAAAGUUUUCCCGUGAGCUGUUGAAUCUGGUCCGAAGCAGGAAAUAUAAUAGACAACCAUAACCCUAAGUGUGUCAUGUGAGUUGUGAGAAAUGGAGCCCACACUCACAAAGACAGGACAAGGAAGGGUGUUUUCUCCAGUCCUAUGCCAACACGCACUGCAACCUUGCUUUUCACCUUGGGAGACACAUAGCAGGGAGAUUUCCUUGAUUUGUGAUUCGCCAUGAGAAGAAGGUCCACAUCUGCAGGUCACUGAAGCAUUCACGCAAAGUCUCAGGAUUUACCCUCCCUUCUCAUGCUAAGUACACGCUCCUCUUUUCCAGGUAAAACUAUGAAAAGGUUUUUUUGUUUGUUUGUUUUUAAAUCUAGGAAUCUUGAACUGGCUAUAGACAAGAAUACUUAUAAAUUCAAGUGUAAAAUAAACUUUAAAAUGUUUAAGUGU